AUGUCGAACACCUGCGUGGCUUCGUUAUCAAUCAAACAGCCCACAUCAACUUCGUCGCAGCAAAGAGAAAAAAAACGUCCUUGCCUACCGCGGGAAUUUUUUGCGCGACUUUACGAGUCGAAUGAGACGUCUGUGUCGUCAACAUCGAAAACUAUUUCCGUCAACAAUAACGUCAACGAAAACGACGAAGAAGAGGUUGAUAUUUUACACGAAGACGAAGACGAAGUAAAUGAAAUCGUCGAACAGCGUUUAACGGGCAAAUCAGAAGGUUUAUAUUUACCGCCACCGCCGAUAUCGAUACCCUCGGUCCCGAUGGGUCACAGUUGGGCACCUUUGAUGCAUUUACACUCGAUGAACAACAACUCAGUCAGAGUUGAACAGCAUCUGCAGGGCUUGGCAGCUUUUCUUGCAAGACGAAAAAAGAAAGAAGGCAAACCACGAAGACUGAGAACGACGUUUAGCAACGAUCAGACCCAGCGGCUCGAAGCCGAGUACGAAUUGGGCGAGUAUAUAUCGAGGGGGAGGCGAUUCGAGUUGGCAGCUGAGUUGAAAUUGAGCGAAACGCAGAUUAAAAUUUGGUUUCAAAAUCGCAGAGCUAAGGAUAAAAGAUUGGAAAAGGCACAACAAGAUCAACAAUUGAGACGUUCAUUGGCAUUGGUAAAUCCUCUGAUGACACCCGCAGCUGCCUGCUUUGGGCCCUUUUGUCUGACUAGCUGUCUUCAUCACCGCACAAACAGUCUUAAUACGCCGACGCCGACCCUUCAAAAUCCUCACCACCAUCAUCAUAAUCAGACAUCUGCGAGUAUGGUGCAAAAUCUUAAUCUAUCUGAUAAUGCUACAACGGUAGAAGCAAAAAAGUUUUCAUUGUGUUCCCGCGAUGUUUGA